AUACAGUGUAGGUAUCAAGUUUCGCAAGGCACAUAGCAGCACAAAACUGUCAGAAGCUGCGGCGAGGAAAAAAUAUCUAGAACACAUCGGGUCCGUCUCGCGUCGAGUCCUUGCGUGCCAGCCAGGUUCUCCGAAAUUGCGAAAGAAAAAUCAAUCGACACCAACCACUUCAGUGCCGCGAACGUCGCGAAGGAAAGGAUGGACCAUUGGACCACCGACCGAACGGAUUCAACCUACUACUGCUGCUGCUGCUGGUAUUGCUGCUGACUGGCUGGCUAGCUGCUGUUUCUGUUCGGUCUAUCUCAACCUACCUAAUAGCUAGGUACCUAUCGCCGCCGUAGACCCCAUCGGAUAGGGUUCUCUUCAACUGUGUGUGGUAUUGUGUGUUUUAUUUUUGGUUGCUGUCGGCGGAGGACCACUAUUGCUACGAAGUCACUGGAGGACUUCCGUUCCGUCCUGUACAGAUCUGUGCGCACGUCGUCGGUGCAGAACGUGUACAACUUCAAUUUGUGAUAACUUGUGUCUCCGGGAGCUUGAUACGAGUGAGAGUGUGAGAAGAGCGGUAUGAUCAAGUUCCGAAUAUCGCAACGGCAGAUUGUCGCGUUUGCGGUUUACUUCGUGGUGCUGGUGUACUUGCUGUGGCCGGGUAGAUUUGCCAGCCGGUAUGAGUACAUCGAGGGCGAGGAGAUCUACGAGCAGCUGGUACGGAAGACGACCAAAAAUGUGAGUCUGAUGCGGAAUGGGAUCCGGUGCGAUUACAGCGAUGUGCUGGAGGAAAAUGUGUACCUUUAUAGGAGGCCUUUCACCGAAGAGAUUAUCAAUAAUAACGUAAAGCUGGGUGGCGAAUGGUACCCGGAGGAUUGUCUUCCCAGUUUCAGUACGGCCAUAAUAAUUCCGUACCGGCAGCGGGAGAGCCAGUUGAACCAGUUCCUGAUCUAUAUGCACAACUAUUUGCGACGGCAGAGGAUUCACUACAGGAUAUUUGUGAUCGAGCAGUAUGACCCGAAGCCCUUCAACCGGGCAAAGCUUUUCAACAUCGGAGCGUUGAUAGCUAUGAAGCUGGACUUCCCGUGUCUGGUGCUUCACGACGUGGACCUGAUGCCAUUGCAAUUGGGUCAUCUGUACGCCUGCUCUCAACAGCCUCGUCACAUGUGCUCUAGUCUGGAUGUGUUUCGAUAUAACCUGCCCUACAGAGGCCUCUUUGGUGGAGUAGUUGGUAUUCAGUCGCAUCAGUUCAUGAAGGUGAAUGGUAUGUCCAAUAUGUUCAGCGGAUGGGGCGGAGAGGACGAUGAUUUCUACGCACGGUUGGCGAAUAAGGACAUCGAAAUAUGCCGCUUCAGUCCGGAUUACAGUCGGUACACGAUGCUGAAGCACCGGAAGGAGGCCCCCAACAAGGAUCGGGUUGCGUUUCUGAGGAACGGGCAUUUGCGGUACCAUACCGAUGGGCUGAACUCGCUGGUUUAUAAAGAGGUAGGCUUUAAGCUGCACAAUUUGUUCACACAUGUUCUGGUCGAGACGUAGACGCCGAGAGUGGAGGGCCUGUUAUCGCCGUUAUCUACUGUUUGCUUGACAAACUUUUUCUAUCCAAGGGUGUUUUCAGUAUUGUCUGGUUGACAUGAGUAGACUAAUUGAGAAGUACGUGUAUUUAUUUGACGAAUUGAGAAGAAGUGAUUUUUAUUUAUUUUUGUUAUGUUUCUAAGAGGCGGCAUCACUCAGAACUUAUUUGAUGGCUAGAACUACGGUAGUGAUGUAGUGAUGAUUCUGUUAAAUCUUCGGCAUUUUUUCCUAACCUUGUUCAUAUCUAGAAUCCUGGAACCUGAAAUAUAGAAGGGAAUGUAAAGUCAACCUAGAAAUGUCCUAUUAGGUAGUCCUCGUUGAGGAUAUUCUAGAGACAUUCAGAGGCAUUGCUUGAAAUUCUUAAAGAAAUUCAUGCUAUAAAUUGUUAUUCCUGGAGUCCAAUUUGGCAUAUUCUCGCGGACAUUUUAUCUGAAAUUUGGUUCGGCGGUGAAUUAAACUGCAUAUUCAUCCAUUACAUUAGACUACCAAAAAGAUAAUGCAGGAGUCGCCAACUCCAUCCAAUGAUUUCCUAAUUGACGAUAAUCUCGCAAUAUGGAUAAGAUAUCCUGAUAUGAACGCCGUAUCACCGAAUUAGUCAUAUAUGCCACCUAAAAAGCAUUAAUUUUCGCCAGAUUACCACACUGCUUCUCUCGUACGAAACCAAUGACGACGGCAAUACGUUCGCGAAGCGAUAACACUCUCAGUCAAUAAUUUACAACCUGCUUAUUAAAGUGUCACAAAUAAAGUUUUUCAAGCCCUACCUAGUUGGUUGAUUGAUUUCCGUUGAUAAAGAAGCAAAAAAAAAAACUGUUAUCUAUAUGACCUAAGCGCACAACAACCAAUACCAACAGCAACAACAACAACAGGGGCGGUUCAUUCGAUUACGUUCGGCAUGUGACUCUAUCGGAUCGAAUUUAUUAUCAUUCAAAUCUUAUUGCUUGAUGGCUAAUGCUAUUACUAGAUAACAUUUGCGCUAACAACUUCUCGUUGAUGUAUUGAGCGAUAUAUUUUGAUUGAUAAUUUAGUGGAUAGGUGUUUCGUUUCCAGUUAGGUUAAAGGUAAAUUAUUCUAAAAAUGUUUGUUAGGUGGAAAGAGUGUGAAUAACGAUAAAGGUAAUACGCCCUGUUGUAUUUUAGCAAUAGAAGCUUACGUGCAUUUUUGAAAUGGAAACAGCGUGAUUUUAACUGGGAAUCUAAUGGCAAACAUGUUUGUACAUUCGUUGCCUUAAGCGACUAGAAGCAAAUUAUUAAACAAAGUAGCAUUAAUGCAGUAUCUCAUUUAUAGUUUUCAGAUAACUGUGUCGUAAUACUUUAAGUGUUUAGUAGAUCAGAUUGUGGAACUAACAUUGAUAUUAAUGAAUUAGAAAAAAAACGCCAUUUGACUUAAUAAAAUACACCCAAACCUUAUUUUACGUCCACUAUUGGCUUAGCGAAAUAAAAUUCUACUGCCAAAAUAAUAAUCAAAAUAGACAUUUUUAUAUUUUUGUACACUUCUCCUAAUCACGGAGAUGUUUUAAAAAAUAUAAAAAUGUUGAGUUUGCUCAUUGUCUUGGCGGUAGAAUUUUUUGUCGCUUAGCCAAGCAUGGACGUAAAAAAAGGACGAGGUGUAUGUAUGUAUUCAUUAGUUUUAUAGCAGUUAAUUUAUUGAACUUCAUACCAAAACUAGUUCGUAAGUAGGAUUUUCAAAUUUGCAGUUGAGAAACAACACAACCAUACAAAAUAUCAAUCUUACCGAAAACACAAGUUUUAAGCUCCUUUUUCGCGCUAGACCGAGACAUCGUACUCGACCGGCUUCACACAGAAUACAAAAAAAAGCUAGAGGACUCAAAGUAACAAUGCUUUCAGCGCCAUUUUCUCAAACCUAUUACUCUAAAACACUCCGUAAUUCGCUCGAUUGAGAACAAUAAAUGCAAUAUACUACAUACAAAAAAAAUACUAGAUAAAACAAAUCUAACGUUGUUAAUUACUGCUGCUGCUGCUUCAGCAGCAGCAACACUCAGUGCAGCAUUCUCGCCGCGCAAAGUAUUAGAAAUUCACCUUAAAUGCACACGGAAGAAGAAAUGAUAGAUGAUUUAGGUAAUAGGGCAAAGUGUGCAUUCAAAGUAUGAAACAAUACGAUCCCGUACGGAGCCCCGUUCGUUGGGGCUGAUUGAUUGAAUAAAACAUUUGAGCCUAAAAUACUGUGAAAAGUGAAUAAAGAAUAAAGAUGAAAACUUA